UGCGUUAUUGAAGCCAUGACUGUUAGGUAGUUUGAAAAUUAUUUUAAUUUGACUAUGUUUGAAUGCGAAGAAACGAAUUUACCUGAGAAAUUGUCCAGUAGUACUUUACAGUUAUGGCAGAAAUCUCGCAAAAAGGUAGAAGAAGAUAAUACGACAAAGUUGAUUACGUCAUGUCCGCGGUAUUUUCGAUACCAACAACACAUUAACGGACUCAGUUUUGAAAUGAAAAAAUACCGCAAGUGUCGCCCAAGAGAGACAGAUCUGUCCCAUAAAAUAGAUGCGACAUUACCGCUUUUCCUACAAGAUAUUGGACGUUAUAACCCGGAGUUAAUGCGAAAUACAACGACGAGAGUGCGCUGUAGUUUACCGACGCAGGAAGUUAUUGAGCACGAAAAAUUCGUCGAAUCUGCUGGUGGUAGAAAACUAUGGAGCCGUGGGUUGGUUUUACAAGAACAAGAGUCUCUAGUUGAUCCUCAAUGGAGUAAACAUGAAGAAGUAAAACACGUUAACGCAGUUCGUGAAGAAGUAGCGCGCUCACCGUCUGUAGUGGCGGGGAUUCUACAGCAAUGGCAACGAUAGUGGUUUACCAAACCAAUUACUUACAUUUUUACAAGUCGCGUUUUUUUACCAGUCCAAUAUUUUAC